CUGACAGGGGAAGAUUGUUUGAAAACAAAACAAUCUUCCUCCCCGUCGAAGAUGCUCGGUAAUCAUCGCGCACCAGCAACUCCUACACACUGCUUUGCAUGGCUGUUCAUAGCACAGCCAUGCAAAAUAGUGUAAAAACAGCACACAGCAAACAGUUAACUCUUUGUUCGCCCCACAUGUUAACCCCUUCCUGUCCAAUGCCAUUAGUACAGUGUCAGUGCUUUUUAUUUGCACUGAUCAGUCAGUUUAUUGGUGUCACUGGGGAUGUCAAUGACACCAAGUCAGUUCCCCCCAGUGUCAGAAUGCCCGCCACAGUC